UGGAGCUGGUUUUUGUGCGCCGGGGAAAAUGAAGGGGCUCUUUUUAACAAGAUUGUGCAAAGUUGUGGCUGUUUUUGCGCUGGUAACGCAACACGUCGGAGGGAAGACGCUGAAAUACCAGAUCUACGAGGAGCAGAAGGUUGGCACGGUGAUCGCCCGUUUGAAGGAGGACGUCGCGGAUGUUUUGGCCAAACUUCCCAGCUCGGUGUCGCUCCGCUUCAGGGCGAUGCAGCGAGGCAGCUCGUCUUUUCUCACCGUGCGCGAACAGGACGGAGAGAUCAGCAUCAGGACCAAAAUCGACCGGGAGAAACUCUGCGAGAAGAAUCUGAACUGCUCCAUCCAGUUCGACGUGCUCACUCUGCCCACCGAGCACCUCCAGCUGUUCCACGUCGAGGUGGAAGUGUUGGACAUCAACGACAACGCGCCCCAGUUCGCGCGCGCCGUCAUCCCAAUCGAGAUCUCCGAGAGCGCAGCCGUGGGCGCGCGCAUCCCGCUGGACAGCGCCACGGACCCCGACGUCGGGGAGAACUCACUGUACACGUACGCUCUCGAGCCGAAUAACUUCUUCAAGAUCGACAUCCAGUCCAGGACCGACGGAGUUAAAUAUGCCGAGCUGGUGGUGCUCCGGGAGCUGGACCGGGAGGUGCGCUCCGGUUACGAACUUCAAUACACAGCCUCUGACAGGGGCGUUCCCCCGAGAACCGGAUCGACCCUCCUCAAAAUCAGUGUUGCCGAUUCAAAUGACAACAGCCCGGUUUUUGACAAGUCCUCGUAUGUCAUCAAUCUACCCGAAAAUUCACCUGUUGGCACGCUCCUCAUCGACCUGAACGCCACAGACGCGGAUGACGGCACGAACGCCAAAAUAGUAUACUCAUUCAGCAGUCACGUGUCCCCUAAAAUAAUGGAAACCUUUAAAAUCAACCCCGACAGCGGACACCUGACCCUGAUCAGGCGCGUGGACUAUGAGACGGUUAACUCCUACGACAUUGACGUGCAGGCGCAGGACAUGGGUCCGAAUUCCAUGCCGGCUCACUGUAAGAUCCUGGUGAAAGUGGUGGAUGUGAACGACAACAAACCAGACAUCAGCAUCAACCUGAUGUCCUCGCAGGGCAACGGGGAUGCAGCGUACAUCUCAGAGGCUUCUCCUCUGGACACGUUCGUAGCCCUCGUGAGAGUGGAGGACCUGGACUCCGGGCUGAAUGGAGAGGUGGAGUGCAAACUCCACGGUCAGGGCUUCUUCAAGCUGCAGAGAACGUAUGAGAACAACUACAUGAUUCUGACCAACGUGUCUCUGGACCGAGAAAAGAGGUCAGAGUUCAGUCUGACGGUGGUGGCGGAGGAUAAGGGGACUCCCAGCCUCUCCACAGUCAAACACUUCACCGUGCACGUGACUGAUGAAAAUGACAACCCGCCACGGUUUGAGAAGGGGCGAUACGAAAUCUUCAAGUCGGAGAACAACGCCCCUGGGGCAUACUUGACCUCCAUCAUGGCUACGGACCCAGACCUGGACGCCAAUGGACAGGUGAGCUACUCCAUCUUGGAGAACUCGGUUCAUGGGAGCUCCAUCUCCACCUACGUCACCAUUGACCCCUCAAACGGCGCCAUCUAUGCACUACGUACGUUCGAUCGUGAGGACGUCAGUCGCAUCUCAUUCGUCGUGCAAGCCAAAGAUGCAGGUAAACCGCCGCUGCUCAGCAACGCCACAGUGAUCCUGAAUAUUCUGGAUGAAAACGACAACCCCCCAGUCAUCGUUGUCCCCCAGCUGUGGAAUUUCACCUCAGAUGUUCAUGCAUCCAAGUUCUUAGAGGCAGGAAGUUUGGUGACGGCGGUGAGGGCCACUGACCGUGACACGGGGGUCAACGCCGAGCUCAUCUGCUCCAUCGUGAGCGGCAACGAGGAGGGAUUCUUCCUGAUCGAUCCCAGAACUUGUGAGAUCCACGCCAACGCCAGCCUAGAGAACUUCCCCCACGAGCAUGCCGACCUCACCAUCGUGGUCCGAGAUCAGGGAAGUGAGAGCCUCAGUGCCAAAGCCGUUCUGAAGAUCAUCCUCAACGAGAACAUGGAGAACCACGUGCCCGUGAAGGACGAGGGGGGCUCACCAAUCGACCUGUCCUUCAUCAUCAUCUGCUCUCUGGGGGCCAUCUGUGCCCUGCUCCUGGUCAUCAUGGUGGUGUUCGCCGCCCGCUGCAACCGUGAGAAGAAAGAAACCCGCCACUCCUACAACUGCCGGGUGGCAGAGUCCACCCACCAGCACCACCCCAAGAAGCCCUCGCGCCAAAUCCACAAGGGCGACAUCACCCUGGUGCCCACGGUCAACGGCACGCUGCCCAUCAGGGCGCACCACCGCUCGCCGUCGGCCACGCCCCCCAUGGACCGGGCCCAGAUGGGCAGCCGCCAGAACCACCACAGCCGCCAGUCCCUCAACAGCCUGGUCACCAUCUCGUCCAAUCACAUCCCAGAGAGCUUCGCCCUGGAGCUGGCGCACGCGACGCCACCGGUGGAGCAAGUCUCACAGCUUCUGUCCAUGCUCCAUCAGGGCCAGUACCAGCCCAGACCCAGUUUUCGUGGCAACAAAUACUCCCGCAGCUACAGGUAUGCAUUACAAGACAUGGACAAGUUCAGCCUGAAGGACAGUGGUCGUGGGGACAGCGAGGCGGGGGACAGUGAUUGCGACAUGGGGCGGGAGUCCCCCGUGGACAGGCUGCUGCUGGGGGAGGGCUUUUCUGACCUGAUGCACCUCGAGAUGCACCACCGUCUCCACCCAGCUAUGAGACUGUGCACGGAUGAAUGUCGCGUCCUGGGACACUCGGACCAGUGCUGGAUGCCCCCCCUCUCCUCCCCUGCCUCCUCCGCCGACUACCGCAACAACAUGUACAUCCCCGGCGAGGAGUCGGCCCAGCAGCCUCCGAUGGACGACGACCAGUCCUCCGUCGACUCGGAGCGCCGCAAGAGCUUCUCCACUUUCGGGAAGGAGCCCGGGAGCGAGGAGGCGGGCGCCGGGGGCGUGGUGUCCCCGGGAGGAGGAGGGAGUGGCGAGGUGGCUGGAGGAGGGGCGGGCUCCCUCCUCACAGAGAUGAACUCGGUGUUCCAGCGGCUCCUCCCCCCGAAUGUGGACUCCUACACCGAGUGCACCGAGACCAGCCCGCCCACGUCCUCGUCCACCACCGAGCGAGCGAGCGCCCGCGGUGGCGCCGUCCCUCAGGACAACAGGAGAGGGCUGCUGCCCGGCGGGAAAGGCCCCGCCUACCCUCCGGGAGUGGCAGCGUGGGCGGCGAACACCCACUACCUGAACCCAGGAAGUGGAUCUGUGGCGUCCAAUCACAACCCGUCCUCCUCCUCCUCCUCCUCCUCCUCCUCCUCCUCCGCUUCGUCCUCCGCCCCCAAUCCCGCCUCCAGCAACGGACAGCCGCCACACCUGAAGUGGCUGCCAGCCAUGGAGGAGAUCCCGGAAAACUACGAGGAAGACGAUUUCGACGGCGUCUUCCAUCAGGGCGGGAAGCGUAGCGAGAGCCGCCACGAGGCCGGCAUGGACGCCAGCGAGCUGGUGCACGAGAUCAACAAGCUGCUGCAGGACGUCAGGCAGAACUGAGGAGGCGUGGCGAAGGCGGGGGGAGGGCGGGGUGGGCGGGGCAUUUCACCACAUCACCGUAAACGCUUGUACUCUGUGCCAACGUAUAAAAACUCGACGGCUUGUCGUUCGUCUCGUUUCUUUUACCAGGUCCGCUCGUCUCGUGCCGAGAGACUCGGGACAGUGAAACACUGACGGAGGUGACGCCGCGGCGUCAAGGCGGACUCUCUCCGAGAACGGAUUGCUCUCGGAAACUCGCCAUUUCCAAACCCGCCGAGCGAAGGCCGCUCUUUCUUUUCUUCAUUUGUAAUGUUUACAGCAGCGCCUCCAUGGGGAGGAAACCAACAGCUCGUGCGAUCUGAUUCCUGCUUUUCCAGUGUACAGUAUUGUACAGCGUCUGUGGAACGAGGCAAAAAAAAAAAAGAAAAAAAGAAAAAGAAGAAACACCACUUGAAUAUUGUGCUGCGUCUCCUGUUUUGUUAUGAUGGAAUGUAACUGUACAAUUCGAGCUUUGUAUUUUAAAAAUACACUCUUUUUUACUUCUAUAUAUUUAUAUGUGUUCAUGUAUGUUUGUACAGAAAAGGAAGAAUAAAUGUCUAUUUUUUAUAUUUGUCACUGCAUGUCUUAAUAUCACCUAAUGUGUCUCUUUCUUCCCUCUUUUUAUUUUAUAAAAACAAGUGUAUUUAAAUUUGUUAUUGAACGUAUGUGCGUGUGCAUAUUGAU